GCCUGCAGAUUGAAGUGCGUGCAUGUGACUGAUUGUCACAUGACGCAUCGUGACGCCGUGCUGCGGUCAGUCAGCUGUUCAUUCAUAUAACUCAGGAGCUGGGUGGCGUCGGAUCUCUAUCCGGACAUAUACUGUUGAGGUUUUAAUACAACAUGGAUAUUCGCGGGGCUGUGGACGCUGCGGUCCCAACCAACAUCAUUGCUGCAAAGGCAGCUGAGGUUCGGGCCAAUCAGGUCAACUGGCAAUCCUAUCUUCAGAGUCAAAUGAUCUCAACAGAGGACUGUGAAUUCAUCAAGAAAUUUGAGGUGGCCACCUCAGAUCAGAAACAAGUCAUUCUGACCAAUGAAGGGCAUCAGUGUGCAAAGACCUUUCUAAACCUGAUGGCCCAUAUCUCCAAAGAACAGACAGUCCAGUACAUCCUGACUCUGAUUGAUGACACCUUGCAGGAAAACCAUCAAAGGGUGAACAUCUUCUUUGACUAUGCCAAAAAGACAAAAAAUACCGCCUGGUCCUACUUUCUUCCAAUGCUGAAUCGUCAGGACCUCUUUACUGUCCACAUGGCAGCAAGGAUCAUCGCUAAGCUGGCUGCCUGGGGCCGCGAUCUGAUGGAAGGAAGUGAUUUGAACUACUACUUCAACUGGAUCAAAAGCCAACUCAGCUCACAGAAUCUACAUGGUACAGGUCCUGAAACAAGCAUUGGAGCAGGAACUAUUUCUCCCAGUGAAAGUUCUCAGUAUGUCCAGUGUGUGGCUGGGUGCCUUCAGUUGAUGCUGAGGGUCAAUGAAUAUAGGUUUGCCUGGGUAGAAGCCGAUGGAGUUAACUGUUUAAGCAUCACAGCAGUGCUGAGCAACAAGUGUGGCUUCCAGCUCCAGUACCAGAUGAUCUUCUGUGUUUGGCUCCUGGCUUUCAGUCCUCAGCUCUGUGAACAGUUGAGACGUUACAACGUAGUGCCUGCCCUGUCUGACAUCCUCCAGGAGUCUGUCAAGGAGAAGGUCACUCGAAUCAUUCUGGCUGCCUUCAGGAAUCUCCUGGAGAAGUCAGCAGAGAGGGAGACUCGUCAGGAGUAUGCCUUGGCUAUGAUUCAGUGCAAGGUGCUGAAGCAGCUCGAGAACCUUGAGCAGCAGAAGUAUGACGAUGAGGACAUCACUGAGGACAUUAAGUUCCUGCUUGAAAGGCUCGGAGAGAGUGUGCAGGACCUCAGCUCAUUUGAUGAGUACAGCUCAGAGCUCAAAUCUGGCCGUCUGGAGUGGAGUCCUGUCCACAAGUCGGAGAAGUUCUGGCGUGAGAACGCUGUCCGCUUAAAUGAGAAGAACUACGAGCUGCUCAAGAUUUUGACAAGGCUGUUGGAAGUGUCUGAUGAUCCUCAAGUUAUAGCAGUGGCGGCUCAUGAUAUUGGAGAAUAUGUGCGACAUUAUCCACGUGGUAAACGGGUGAUUGAGCAGCUCGGUGGAAAACAGCUUGUGAUGAAUCAUAUGCACCACGAGGACCAGCUAGUCCGGUACAACGCCCUGUUAGCUGUGCAGAAGCUGAUGGUCCACAACUGGGAGUACCUUGGAAGACAACUGCAGUCCUCCGAUCAGCAGCAGGCUCCAGCGGUGGCAGCUCGAAGCUGAACACUGACUCCUCGUGUGUUUGUGUGUUAUUUUUGUGGAUGAGUGUGAACUGUGCGCAGAUUGAUCAUUGUAAUAAUUAGCUCUUCAUUUUGUGUAAUGACUUGAAAAAUCAAAUGGUGCGAUUUCCACUUCCACCUGCAACCCAAAUGAUCUUGAUGUUCCUUGAUUUGACUGUCAUGCUUCGUGUUGUGACUAUCAGCUAAGUGAUACGUGAUUAAAGCUGCACUUUGUCUGUGACAAUGUACAAAACUACAAGUUAUUUAAGUCUUAAGUCUGUAAAACGUAUAAAUCCCAAUAAAAAUACUUAUCUGUGG